UUAGCACCGGAAGUUGUCCAGCGCGGCCUGUGAGUGUUCGCAAGUAGCGCUGGGCGCCGGUUGCCAUGGAGCCGGCCGGGCCCUGUGGUUUUUGCCCGGCCGGGGAGGCCCAGCCCGCGCGCUACACCUGUCCUCGCUGUAAUGUGCCCUACUGCUCGCUGCGCUGCUACCGGGCGCAUGGCACCUGCGCCGAAGCCUUCUACCGGGACCAGGUGCUGGGAGAGCUCCGCGGCCGCAGCGCCUCGCCCAGCCGCCUGGCCAGCGCCCUACGGCGGCUGCGUCAGCAACGCGAGACCGAGGACGACCCGGAGGACGCCGGCCUCAGCCCUGGCCCGGCGCCAGGCGGCCUCACCAGGCUCUGGGAGCUGCUGGCCCCGGCCGAGAAGGCGGCCUUCGAGCGGCUGCUGAGCCGUGGCGAGGCCGGGCGGCUGCUGCCCCCGUGGCGGCCGUGGUGGUGGGGCCGCGGGGCCGGGUCGCGGCUUCUGGAAGAGGUGGAUGAUGCUGCGGACCGGGACCCUGCGGAGCUGGAGCCCACCCCCGCGAGGACGUCAGCGGAACCCCUGAAGGAGGCCGCCGCCGAGCCGUUUCUCGAAGACGCUCCCGAGGCCCGCGCGCCCACCGUGCCCACCCGGAUCCCCACGCUGGCCAGCCUGAGCCGCAGCCCGGCCUCGCCGCUUGUGCGCUUCCAGCUGCCCAACGUGCUGUUCUCCUACGCGCACACUCUUGCCUUGUAUCACGGCGGCGACGAUGCGCUGCUCUCAGACUUCUGUGCCACGCUGCUCGGCGUUUCCGGAGCCCUGGGUGCGCAGCAGGUCUUCGCCUCUGCCGAGGAAGCCUUGCAGGCCGCCGCCCAGGUGCUCGAAGCAGGCGAGCAUCCGCCUGGGCCCCUGGGCACACGGGGUGCCAUGCGCGAAGCUGCCCGCAUUCUGAUGGGCGAAGGCCCGGCCGACCAGAAAGGCUACACGCUGGCAGCACUGGGGCACCUGGCGCAGACCCUGGGCCGGGCCCGGAAGCAAGCUGUGGCCACGGAAGAGCGAGAUCGCCUCUACCGGGCGCGGAAGAAGUGCCAGUUCCUACUGGCUUGGACCAAUGAAAAUGAGCUGGCCCUCACACCCCUGGCUCUGGACUGUGCCAGAGCCCAUCGAGCCCACGCUGUGGUGGCCGAGGAGGUGGCAGCCCUCACCGGGGAGUUGGAGCGGCUUUGGGGAGGCUCCCUGCCACCUGCUCCAAGAAUUCUCAUCGAGGAACUCCCUGGCUGAACUGGGAUCCCUCUGUCAUUAAUAAAGCUGUGACUGGUCUGCCCUA